CGUCCGUGUUUUGUAGUGCUGCACUACUGCGAGCAAGUUUAGAAAUUUUUUGUAUUUUUAAUUCAUAAAAAUUAAAUAAAAUACACAUUUAACUAUCAAACACCAUUCCUAAAAACAAUACAAACUAUAAACUUGAUAAGUUUAAACCAACUUGAAUCUUAUUAAAGUGCAUUCUUCCUAAAUAAAACGAAUGAAAUGUGCUCCAAGACACAAUUAAUUACCAACCCAAAAUAGACCAUUUGGAUUAUCAAAUUGAUCUACGAAUAAAAAAAAUUUUUGACAUAACAAUGCUACCAAUAAAAGAAAAAAUACCCGAACUAACUAAAACCGAUAUAACAGUGUCAGCCGAUGGAGUCGCCAAAUUGAAUUUUGGUUUUCUCGAUGAACAACAUGGAGACAGUAGUCGAAGUAGUCUAGAACCGGGUGAGGUUAAAACUCCUCCAUCUAGUCCAGCUGUCAAACCUAAACCUGUCCUCUCACCUUUGACCCUAAACGAAUCGGUCAUGGAUGAGGCAAAAAAGAGGGAAGAACUGAAGUCAGCUUCUCAAGCUGAAGCUGCUUUAUGCCAAGAUAAAGUUCGUGCGAUAAUGGAACUCGAUGCUAUUCGAGAAAAGAAAGAAGCCGAACGUAAGAAGAUAUUAGAAGAUAUAAAGAUUGCAAAGCAAGUCCGAUUGCACAAAAAGAAGAAGAAAAAAGAAAAGGAGAAGGAAAAAGAAACACCGCUUGAAAUCAGUGAGAGCGAUGAUAUAAGUGAAGGUGAAUUGCCAAGGAAGCGACACUUGGGCACUGGUAAACUCACUUAUGAUAGUCCCGAUGAUGAUGAAGAAGAUCUGCAUAGCAGCCGGGCGAGUAGUAUUGAACGAGGAGGAGGUAGCAAAGAGCCGCCAAUGAAUUAUCAAAUGGGUUAUCCUCAGGAUAAUUUUAAAAGAUUUAGGCCAGUUGGUCCACCAAUGCAUCCAUUUAUGCGAGGUGGUGGUCGAGGAAACUUUCAUCAGAUGAGACCACAUCAUCGACCUAGAUUUGAUGGUCGCGGUGGAAUGAGAGGUGGGAUGAGAGGAUUUUUUCGACCUCAUGCUCCUUUUGGGGGAAUGGGUGGUGGUGGUCCGAAGCAUCGGUUUCCUGCACCGCAUUAUCGAGAAACUUUUGUCGAUCAACGCCCUAAUAGUCCAGUUAAUAGAAUACAAAGUUCUGUUGUACAUCCGCCAGCUGAUAAAUCUACUCUCAAAUGGACAAAAACUGAACCAUCAAUUUCCUAUUCCUUCAAUGCCUCCACCAUCAACACUGGAAUUGAAAAAGGAAUUGAAAAGAUGCGUAAAGCUGCAAAGAAAAAGAAAAAAGUAAAGAAAACCAAAAGCCGAAAAAACAAAACUCAUGAAAAAUCCAGAAAGAAGAAACCAGAAAAACCAAAAUCAAAGAAAAAAUCACGAAAGAAGCAAAAAGAGAGUAAAAGUAAAAGAUCUUCAAAAAAACAUAAAACUGAUGAUGAACCACUUCUAUUUGAGGAUCAAAUCAAAGAAGAACCUACCCCCCUAAAGAUUAAAAUUAAAAAAGAAGACAAUGAAGAGUGUUGGGAUGAAAAUAAGGAAUCAACUCCAAAAGUUCGUCCAGCAACUCCACCAAAAAGUUACAAGCACAUGAAUGAAAAUGAAAAAUCCUUAGAAGAAAGUCAAACAGAAUCACCACCUCGUCGACAUAAGAAGAAAAAGAAGGACAGCAAGAAAAGAAAACCGAAAAAAUCAAGGUCUAAAGAGAAACCCGAUGAGUCAUUUAGUCCAAACCCAUUGGAACUUAUACAGCAGCUUCGAGAUUCUGUUGAUUCUCCACAAGGAAGAAAGUCUGAAUUGAAAAAAAUCAUAAACAUAGAAAUUAACAAGGAAAUAUCUCUAAUUCAGGGAGAUGAAGGAAAUAUAUUGAUCAAAAUCGAAAAUGACGUUCAGGCAGCACCGAUAUCGAUUCCAGAUGAAUCCAAUAAAAGCUCUAUUGUCUCCCCGGAGCUAGCAGUCACUUCUAAGAAGGUGAUUGAAGAACGCCCAAAACCACGUAAAAAGUCAUCAUCAAUUGAGUCACAAUUUGGCUCUACUCCUCCUAUGCCAAGUGAGAAAGAACAAAAGCAAGAAACUCCUAAGGAAGACAUUAGGCUGAAAAGUAGGUCACCAAUUAAAACCCCCAUUGCGUCGAAUGAAAAGAAAAAUCUUUCCUUCGAGAAGAAAUCCGAUGAGGUCGUGGUCAAAACAAAACCGAUCACUCCAACCGAGCGUCGGAACCCAUUCACUGGCAAGCCAAUACAAAACCGAUCUCGAUCAAAUUCUAGAAAACGCAUGUCCACCCCAGAAAAACGAAAUCCAUUUGCAUCACGCAAAGAUGAAAGUAUGGACAGACAACAUCCUAAAAGCAAUCGUCGAUCUCGUUCAAAUACUCCCUUAGGUGGAUCUGCAGGUAAAAAAUGGACAAGAUCACGAUCAACUUCGAUGGAUAAGUACGAUCGACCAUGGAAUCGUUCCAUGGAAAGGCAAAAAAAGUCAUUUGACAGAUCCUUUUCCAAAGGCAGACGGUCUAGAUCUCCAAAAAGAGGUUCUAGAGACAUAUACAAUAAACAUACACCUGAUCGCAAGUUUGAUCGGUCAUUUUCCAAAUCCAGUAAGUCGCCUGCAAGUAAUCCAUUCAGCUCGAAAGAACGAAUUCCUCCUCGCGGCAAAUCACCGUUUUCUUCUAAAGAUCGCAAGGAAUUUAACCGACGAUCACGAUCACGUAACCGUUCAAUGUCAACUGAUAGACGAAAUACCUCCCUGGAGACACCAAAAAAUCAAUCAGAUAAAAGACAAUCAUCUUUAUCGCCCAUGCAAUUAUCAAUGGAAGAGCAGAAAAAAUCUUCACCAGGCAAAAAACCCCCUGAGUUGGUGAAUAAAACCGAAAAGACCUCAAAAUCUGAUUUAGUAUUUGAUAUGUUCGCUGAAGAUGUACCCGAGGCUCCAAAGAAACCACUGAAUAAUCCUUUCAAAACCAGGCGAUCUCGUUCCCGAACCCCGCCGCCAUUUGGAAAAAAUACAAACUCAAAACCCAAGACCCCAUCCUCAGAUAGACGUGAAACUUCUUCAACAGAAUUUCGAAAAUCUGCCAAUAGAUCGCUCUCUCGUGAUAAGCAAGCAAGACCUUUCCACAAUAAAUCUCGAUCAAAAAGUAACGAACUCUCGACUCCUAAACCUAAAAUAACCCAUACUCCAAAAACACCCAAAUCUGACAAACCCAGUGUGAAGAAAUUGACUUCGGAACGUCUUUCAUUUAUCGAUGAUCUUAUACCGAUAAAAGAUAGAAAAGAUAAAAUAUCAGGAGUCGAGAGUCCAGACACUGACGAUUACAUGGACAAUUGGGAGAAUGACGUUGAUUUUAUGUCAAAUCAAGAUAGUUCAACGCCAACAAAACGUUUGGACAUAAAAAAAGUCCUAAAAAUAGAUCAACCAAAGAAACAACAACCAUCUCCUUUGGUCAUAGAAAGUGAGAAGAUCAAUGAUGGAUUUGAAAAUCCUCUCCUUGUUAAUCCAAGUCCACCACCUGCAAAGGAAGGUGACGAUCAAAUGAAGCAUGUUGAUGUUUCUGUGGUCAGUUUACCUCCUGCUCAGGAAGUGGUCAAAAUUAAAGUAGAAUUGACAGAAACAAAUGAAAUUGAUCAACCAAAAACUCCUACGAAUGUAGUAAAGAAUCCAGUUGCUGGAGAAGAUAGAAGUGUUCUCUUUGGAAUGCAAGAGCUGUAUGAUCAAUUUAUAAAAAGUGUAGAAGGAACCGGUGUGGAUAUGUCAAAGAUUAAGCCGAAAGAUAAAACACCAGAAACGGAUAUUUCCCAUGCAGAAUCAGAAUCCACCGAUCAUAAAGAGAGUAACAGCUCAUCGACUUCGACUACAUCAACCAUUUCCACUUCAUCGUCGUCUUCAUCAUCCAGCUCGAGUUCAUCGUCAUCAUCUUCAUCUGAAGAAGAGAAAGACGAACCAGAUACAUCAAAGAAAAAGACCAAGAAACGUAGUAAUCGAGUUGCAAGUGAUUUCAAGAAAAUCCAACAAUUGGAAGAGAAUCUUGCAAAUAUACAAAGUAUGCGAGCAAAUUAUGAUUCAGGUGAUGAGAUUGUCGAGGAGUUGAGGAAGAUGGAAAAUCUUCUCCUCCAAGAAAAGAACUUAAUUUUACAGAAAUAUGCUAAAGAUCUAACAACAACUGAUUCGGGUGUUGAUUCCACGAAGAGUAGUUGCGAAAAUUUAGCUGUACAGCCCCAGUUUAUACCCACUCUACAAGAAGCCAGUAUGGACGAUACGAAGGUAUCCGAGCAAGAAGACAUUAAAAUAUUCGAUGCUAAUCGAGAGGCAAUUAAAUUGACAAUAUCACCAAUGAAGAAACCCAAAGCAGGUGUGGCUAGUACUUCAUCGUCAAUUAAAGCAAUUGAACCUUUGAAGCAUGAAGAAGAUGCAGAUUUUACAGAGAAACUUCUAGCUAAGCCGGUAAAAGAAGUGGCAAUUGUAAAGCCAAUGAUUGAUACAAACUCGUCAAGGUCAAGUGAAGAUCGUCGUUCGAGUGGUGAGAGGUAUAGCAGACGGGAAACUCGAUCUUCGUCGAGAACGAGGGCUGUGAGGCCGAGAAUGCGUUCACUAUCUGUAAGUCCGCGGAGAAGAGGAAGGUUUUCAUCGCCUCAACCACGACGUGGCCCAAAUGCUCGGUACAGGGGUCGUCGAAGCCGCAGUCGCUCCCCUCUACGUCGUCGACGUCGACCGGAUCCUAUGCCACGUAAAGGUCGAACUCACUCACGCUCCCGGUCACUAUCACCAUGUCCACCAGGACGACGUCGAUCACGAAGUAGCUCAUACGACAGACCAUUCUCUAGGUCUCCACUCCCAUUCAAACCACCAUCACCGCCGAUGCAAAGAAGUUCAUCACGAAGUCGUAGCAUUUCUCCCACCGGACGUAAUUCUCAAUCCAUAUCGCCUUCUUAUCACUACAACUCACAUCGUUCGUCGUACAUCCCCCAAGAUUCGUCCUACUACUACCCAGAUCCAUCAAAUCGCAUAUCCCUCGAUGCCCGAAUAAAUAUCGUCCUCAACGGUCAGGAUGGUUCAGCACAAAAUCCUUAUGGCGGCUACAACUACAGUACAUAUGGAUACAUGUCUUUGCCACCUCAACCAGGUGGUCCGCCAUCAAAUUAUCAACACAUGAACUAUGCCAAUCAGUAUGUCAACACCUCCGAUCAACAAGUCUAUUCUAAUAUACCAACUAUCAGCUCAGGAAUGAAUAAUUCCCAAUUUUUCUACGAUGAACAACAACCCUACCCACAGCCAUCACAAUCACAACCAUCGUCUUUGUUAAAAGAACUGCCCAAAGCUACUGCUGUAGCUGUGCAAAAGGGUAAUGUACUGGAAAUUGUUCCAAGCAUGGAAAUGCCAUCGAUCAAACCGUCAGAGGAAAAGAAGGAUCAACCACCGGAACCCACAGUCGAAGUUAAGAUUGAAAAAGUUAGUCCUGAGAAACCAAAAGCGAAAAAAGUUAAAAAGAUUUCUGCAAUUUCGUGGAGAGAAGAAGUCAGUAAUAGACACAUUGCAUCGGCUGUUUUGAGACUUGGCAAAGAAUCUGAUGGAAAUGCAAGAGGAAUUCUCAAAAAAAUGGCAAUGGAAGAAAAAGCUCUAAGGAAAAAGGUUUACUUCGAAGAUGGUAUUUUCCCAAAUCGUGACAGUGACGAAGAAGAUCGAAAAGCUGUUGAUACCAAAAUUCGUCGAAAAUUGAAGGCUUUACGCAAGAAACACGGUCUAAAGCCAGCUAAAGAAAUCGAGGUGGUAAAGCCUGAAUCCAAGAAAGAUGUAGAUCCCGUGGAAGAUGAGCUAAACUUUAAGAUUGAUCCAGAACUCGACAGUCUACCACCACCUCCGCCACCACCUGGCUCACCUCCGGCUAAUUUAGAACAACCAGUCUAUUUGAGACCUCCCACACCAACUCCCCUGUUCUAUUUCCAUUUCGAUGCAGUUGUACAUUCAAUGUAUGUCUCGCAAAUGGAAAAUCCCAUUCCGCCGCGUCUCCUCAAUCCCAAAUUAGUUCCGCCAAACUUAAAUGCUGCUCCUGGAACUGCUGGAGCUACAACAGCAACAACUGCUGCUGCAACAACAACUGCACCUGCAGCUCCAUCUCCCUCGACUACAGUCUCACCACCAUCUUCAAAUUCUAAAAAAGAUUCAAAUCGAGAUUAUUCUUCACCGAAGCAGAGCAAAGUGGCAGUUCCACCUGCAACAAGGCGAGAAAGUCCAUCAAUCAAAUCAAAUGCUAUUGCAACGCCACCACCUCAACGACCUGCAUCACCCAAAAUAUCGCCAGGCAUUUCCCCAACCCAAGUAGCUUCACCGAAAUUCACAAGUGCAUUUGUUAGCGCAAGUGGACCUCCUGCUCGUCAAUCGCCAAUUGGAUUCUCUGGUGUUCGACCGGCGGGACUAACUCGACUGCCCCAAUCACCUCUUGCUAGAGCUGGACCUCUACCUGUUAUACCGCAUCAGUUUAAUGUACCACCUCCUAAUAUGACUGCCCCACAUCCAGGGCCACAUUCUGGAUCACAUACUGGACCAGUCCAUAAGAUGAUGCAUGGUACACCUCCUCCACAGUUUUUCAUGCGAGGGCAAGCUCCCAUGGACCUGCACAAUAUGAGAAAUAUGCCACCGAUGAUGCGCAAUAUGAUGCCACCAAACCAUCUUUUACCCGGAAAUGGCCAAUCUCAUCACCAAAUGCAUCCGCAACAGCAACAUCCACAACAGCAGCAUCCACAACAACACCCCAACCAACAUCCCCAACAAAAGCAUUCGCAACAACAGCAAAUGCUCCAACAUCCUUCUCAAAUGUCCCAACAACACCAUCCGCUCCAACACCAGCAAAUAAGUGGUCCGCCGCAUAUGAAACAACAUAUCCCGCAGCAUGUACAACUACAUCCCACACAACAUUCUCAACAAAUGAUGCAACAACUGCCCCCACAACACCAACAACAGUUGCCACCUCAAAUUAUGCACCAUCAGCAUUCGCAUUUACCACAUCCGGGUCAUCAAUCUCAUGCCCCACAUCCACAGGCAAUGGUCGCCCCAUUUAAUAUCCAGAGAAAAUAGUUGUAAGAGUCUUUAAUUAGGCCUAGUCUGAGAGGGGGCGUUAAGAACACUCCUUUAAUUAAUUUUUUAUUUGUUUUUGCAAUAUGCACAUGAAGUAAUGUAAUGAAUUUUAAAACACAACUGAAACAUGUCAGUGAGAUGGAAAAUAGAAUAAUUUGUAUUAAAUAAGAAAAUAUAUGCGACAUUUAAGAGCGCAGUCUUAGAAAUAAACGAAAGUUAUACAUUAAACUUA